AUGUCCCUGGUCGCGAAUGACGCAAGGGAAAAGAUGGAGGCCAUCCAGGCUAGUCUCCGCCAAAGCUUGGACACGUUUGCUUCCGCACGUGAGUUUAUGACUUUGAACAGUAGUCUACAAACGAAGCCGGUUUCAACUGAACAAGUGCAGCUUCUCAAGCGGAAUUUCAUCCUUGACUCAUUCAGCAUAAGCAAGCUUCAGAAGGAGUAUAAGGACUGGGAGCAUGAAACCAACCUGGAGUUCAUCGGUAACGACAUUACGGAAUACAAUAGAAUUGUAGGCUUGAUGGCCAGAGUGAACCAGCAGCUAGACAAGACAAGUGCAACGUAUGAAAAAUUGACUUCCAACAUCAAGAUCCCCGAGUUUUCAGUUAGCAUGGAGUCCGUGGAGCGCACUGGUAACCCAACUUUGCUCAAAAGAGCCCGCGACCUCAACAAACGCAACUUUAAACUCGAGCAGCUCUUUUCGCUCGAUGCCGACCUGCCAGGUAUGCUAUAUCCCGAUUUUGAGUUGGUGCAAGCAUUGAUCAAUUACGAGUUUCGUCUCCGGGUUGAGAAACGAAUACAGCUUGAGAUUUUGAUGUCGAUGAAAAACACCAUUCAGGCUCAGAACCGAUCAUGGACUAUUCGAGAUAACUUCUUGAAGGACUUUUUGGACAACAAGCUAGGGAAGGUUGCUGAUGAAGUUGCUGCGAUUCGAGCCGAAAGUAGCAAAGCUAGAGAAGUUGAAGAGCAGGAAGAGCUGGAGAUAGACGAGGAGGAGGAGGAAGGAGAAGAGGAGGAGGAGGAGUCUCAUCAUCACCAUCAUCGUCAUCAUGAACAGGAGAACGCUAGCGAGAAUGAGAAUCUGGAAAGAGAAAACGAAAACGGAGAACACGAGGAUCGAUACGCCAGUGACAAUGACUUAGAAGGAGAGACCGACCCACAGUAUGUUCCUGACGGCGCUGAAAUGCAUGGCGAGGACGAGGUGCAGUCAAAGUCACCUUCAAAAGAAACGAGCCCCAUCAUGGAGAGCACAUCGGGCGCGAACCCAGAGGACGAAGUCGAAAUCGAAAUUGAAAUCGGAAACGAUGACAAUGACAAUGGCAAUGACAAUGACAAUAACAACGACGAUGAAAUGAUGAUAGAUUCUUAG